UGCCCUACUUUGUGAUCCGUCUGUGCAUCAAGGAAAGAGAGAUGAAGCUCCAACUUCUGAUCAUCAUUGUUUUGAAGUAUUUGGUUCUUGCCAACCAAGGGGAAUUGGACAAAGAGGAGCAGGGGUUUGAUGUGGAUGGCCUCGACCUUGAAUCCCUUUUCAACGGCACAACACCUGACUACGAUGAAGAAGCCUUUUCCCCCUGCAGUGAAACUCUGCCUGGAUUCAACAGUGUGGGCAUUACUAUCACCUACAUCAUCGUGUUCAUUUUCAGCAUGUUUGGAAACAGUGUGGUUGUCUAUGUGGUGUGCUAUAUGCAGAAAACCAGAGCAAGCACUGAUAUCUACCUGAUGCACCUGGCGCUGGCAGACCUUCUCUUCACUCUGACCCUUCCCUUCUGGGCUGUCGAUGCUUACACUGGCUGGGUCUUUGGCACAUUCCUGUGCAAGCUCCUGUCAGCCUUUCAGGAGGCCUCCGUGUACAGCGGUGUGUUCCUGCUGGCGUGCAUCAGCGUGGACCGCCACUUUGCCAUUGUGAGACCCACACGCCCAAAGUCCUCCUUCCACACGUUGGUGAAAAUGGUGUGCGGUGUGGUGUGGAUGGUGGCGGGAAUGCUGUCCUUGCCUGUGGCAAUCCAACGGCAGAGCUUGUAUGAUAAAGGGUUUAACCAGUAUAUAUGCUAUGAAAACCUUACAGGAGAAAGCAGUGAUAUGUGGCGUGUUAGCAUUCGCAUUGUGCGCCAUACAGUGGGGUUUUUCCUGCCUCUUGUGGUCAUGGCCUUCUGCUACGGCUGGACUAUAAUUACAUUGUUCCACACACGAAAUCAACAAAAGCAUAAAGCCAUGCGUGUCAUCCUGGCAGUAGUGCUGGCAUUUGUCAUAUGCUGGCUGCCUUACAAUGUCACCAUACUGAUCGACACACUCAUAAAAGGCGAGACACUGAAGCUGGUGACGUGUGAAACUCGUUACAGAGUGGUGGCUGUUCUGAACGUGACCCAAGUGUUGGCCUUCCUGCACUGUGCUGUGAAUCCAGUGCUGUACGCCUUUAUUGGGCAGAAGUUUCGUGAUGAGCUGCUCUCAUCUCUUUAUAGACACGGCCUUGUUGGCAGGAGUAUCUAUUUGACUUACAGAACGGGGUCCGUCAACAGUGCAGGGAGCGUCAAAUCUAGAAACACCUCCGCUACCAUGUAAAUACUGCCAUGAUUUAAAGGCUUGAAUGGGGCUGUUCUUAUUUUCCUCCUCAGUUUGUUAAAAAAAGAGAGUGGUGCACUCAAAAACAGUCCAAGAAUUGAAUGUGGAACAAAGUAUUCUUCCCACUCUCAACAUACGCUAUUUUGGUGAGGUAGCGGAUUUGGUACAAUCAACAUUCUAGCUAACUUAAGCAACAUGCUACCAAAAAUAUUUACAUUUAGAUGCCACAUGCGGGUUUCUCACACGGGUGCAUUUUGGAAGGGGUAUAGUUUAAGCUACAGGCUCAUUUAUGCUCUACGCAUGCAGGAAAAUAGAACCGUGCAUUUCUAACUUGAUAACCGUCAUUGCCUCACAAUGAAAAACUACCGUCUCAUAAAGUAAAGAAAGAACGGUCCGUCUUCUGCCCUGGUAAGCUAACAUCACUGAUAUGCUUUUAUUUUUCUAAUAACUGACUCAGUAUCUGUUGAAAUUUCCUCAGAAACGUAAUUUUCAAGUGUUCUAUGUGUUUGCUACGCUAGGUUAAACUUUUAGCUGCCUUGCUCAACACUGCCACAUUUUUUGGCGGUGGUAUGGCACCAUUUGAUCCAGAUCUGCAAGCUUCUAACCUGGCAUACCAGAUGGAUUUGUUUCACACAUCCAUCUGGUAAACCACUCAUAGGCAACGUUUGGGAAAGGGCGAUUGGAUAAACGUCUGUCUGUCACAUCUUUACGGGCCAA